AGAUGCUCUGAGACUUCUCCACAGACUAAGGGGGGCCAGAGAAGCAGACUGCAAGAAUGGCACAGGAAGCAUUUCCUAUGGAAAGCUCUUGGGGAAAUGUUGAAGAAUUCCAUAUAGAUGAAGAUGUGGGAUUUGCUCUACCAGAUCCACUGGAGGAACUACCUUACCCUUAUGAUGCCUGGAUUUCCAUUGCUAAAAAUCUUCCUGUCCUGAUUAAGAAUGAUGAACUACGUGCAGAAGUUGAGAAGUUACCAAUGCUCAGCAUCGAUGAUCUCCAAGGACACAGGUUGCAGCGCCUCGCACAUCUGGCCCUGGGGUAUAUCACCAUGGCAUAUGUGUGGGGCCAAGGUGAUGAUGUCCGUAAGGUCCUGCCACGCAAUAUUGCUGUCCCUUACUGCAACCUCUCUGAGAAGCUGGGAUUGCCUCCCAUUCUAGUUUAUGCAGACUGUGUCUUGGCAAACUGGAAGAAAAAGGAUCCUAGUGGGCCCAUGACUUAUGAGAACAUGGACAUUCUGUUUUCAUUUCCUGGUGGGGAUUGCGGUAAAGGAUUCUUUCUGAUUUCUCUGUUGGUGGAAAUAGAAGCUGCUUCUGCAAUAAAAGUAAUUCCAACUAUAUUCCACGCAGUACAGAAUCAGGACCGAGAUACUUUGCAAAAGGCACUGCUUGAUAUAACUUCUUGUCUGCACAAAGCCCUUGAAGUGUUUCACCAAAUUCAUGAAUAUGUGGACCCAGACCUGUUUUUCAAUGUUCUUCGCAUCUACUUGUCUGGCUGGAAAGGCAAUGCCAAGAUGCCAGAGGGGCUACUGUAUGAAGGCUUCUGGGACACCCCAAAAAUGUUUGCUGGGGGUAGCGCGGCCCAAAGCAGCAUCUUUCAGUGCUUUGAUGUUCUGUUGGGCAUCCAGCACAGUUCUGAUGAAGCAUCGUCUGCUGAAUUCCUCCAGGAAAUGCGAACAUAUAUGCCACCAGCUCACCAGAAAUUUCUUCACUCAUUAGAGUCAAAACCUUCAGUUCGCGAGUUUGUCCUUUCAGAAGGGGAUGAUAGCCUACAGGCAAUUUAUAAUGAGUGUGUGGAUGCUAUGGUCUCCCUGAGAAAUUACCAUUUGCAAAUAGUAGCUAAGUAUAUUGUGAUUCCUGCAAGGCAGUCCAAAAAUACUCAACCAUCUGAAGAGCCAUCAGAAUCAGAAAAUAAAGGAACGGGGGGCACUGAUGUCAUGAAAUUUCUAAAGUCUGUAAGAGAUACAACAAAGUCUGCCCUGUUGAAGGAAAUUUAAUCUAACCCAAGCAAGGGUACAUUUUGUCAAGACGAAGAAUGUCUCUAUGUAUUACUACUACUCAUUAUAUCAGACCCACAGAUCAAUAUGUAGAAACUUCUUAAUACUACAUUAUAAAUGAUUUCAAAAUAGUUUUUCUGAUGCCUAUGAAUUCCUUACAAAAAAUAAUAAAAAGCAAUUAUAUUAGAAGUGUUAUGAUCUAUAUGAUUAGAAUGUAAUAAUCAAAAAUUAUGCAUAAUAAA